CCCGACGCUCAUCACCCGGCCAUCACUCCACCCGCUGCUGCUCCCGGCUCCGUCAGCUGCGCGGCGGCCGCAGACGCACUUCGCCCCACUCUUCUCCGUCGCGGCGUCACCGAGCAGUCCGUGGGCCACUUCGCCAGGCCGCUGCCUUUCCUCUGGCUCGCACGCACUACCCCUGCGCGCGCAGUUGAGCACCUGCUGCCAGCAUGUCCGCACAAGCGGCAGCGGCCGCAUCAACGUCGCGUCCAGCCUCGCCGACGAAGCGCGAAGACGACGCCGCCAGCACGGCGGGUCCCUCCUCUGCUGGCGUCGCUGGCGGCACCUCUGAGCGCGGCGCCUCGCCCACAUCGGCGGCCGCCGACAAUGCGGCGGCCAUCGCGGUCAAUGCUGCGGCACAGGCUGCGGCUCUGAAGCCGCGCGACAGCCACGCCAGCGCGCCCACGGACAUCGCGCCGGGCAGUGCGCCGUACUGGCCGGGCUACCAGAACAGCAUGCUGAGCAAGAGCGGCGGCCCGAACCCGCGCAACCUGCCAGUGAAGCGCUACGACGGCGAGCCGCUGUCGCGUGCGGACCUGCAGCAUGCGCUGCUGUGCCAUCUCUUCAACGAUACGACGCGCUGCUUCACUAAUCCGCGUCCGGGCCCCGGCGGCAAGAGCACGGCAUCAGGCAGCUCGAGCGCCGUCAUACCGGCGACGCCCGUGUACCCGCACGGCCUGGCUGCGGCGUGCGCACGGCCGUCCGACGAGACGCCCGAGGAGCUGGCGGCGUGGCAGGAGCGCUACACUCUCUCGUCGCGCCUGGCAAAUGCGUCAGACGCCGAGCGCACGGCCGCCGGCUUGCCCUGCGCCGGCGCCGAGAAGCUCACGUUCAAGGAGCUCUACCUGCACGCCCUCACCUCGAGCGGGCGCUGCACCAAGGCGAUGCGCGAGAAGCUCCUGGCCGACGAGGAGUACGCCGAGGACUUCGCCAAGACGUGUCUGCUCGUCAAUCUUGGCCGCAUCAACACGACGCUUGCUUUCUAUCCUGAGAUGAAGACGAUUCUGCGCUCAUACCACCCGCUGGCGUGUGUGCAGCGCAACGACAACACGAGGCGCCACAUGCAGGAUGCGCCACGCAUGAAGUCGCUCCUCAAGUCGGUGCUGCUCGACGGCGAGACGCCCGGACCGGCCGGCAGUGCCAGCGGCGUCGGCUCCGGCGGCAACAACCCCGGCGCGAAUGCCGCCAAGGCUGCUGCCGCUGCUGUCAUUGCAGCGACUGCCGGCAGCAGCAGCGGCGGCAGCGGCGGCUCUGGUGUGGAGCUCGGCGACGCGCCCGGCACGCUGAGCGACCUGCUGGCGAAGCGCCGCAAGUUUGCCGGCAGCCGGCAUCCGGUGACGAGCAUCGUGACGCUCCUCUUCAUCCUCACGGCGCAGGCCAACGACAUCACCAUGCUCCACUUUGCCGCGCCGCACGACUUCUGGACGAUCUUCUUCCCGCACACGCGCUAUCCGGUGCCGGCGCGCCAGCGCGCCAAGUCGUUCCUCUGGCUCAUCUGGCAUUACCUCGAAGGCCCUAUUGACGCGGUGACCAGCGACGGGCCGGCCAACCCCUUCGACGACGCCGCUUCUGCCGCCGCGAUGAAGGACGCGCGGGCGACGCGCGCAUCGAUUACCACCGAGCCAGAGCGCAAGCGCGCAUACUGGGAGGGCGCGUGGCGCGGCGUGCGCAACCCGGAGUGGGAAGACUGGAACAAGAAGCGCAAGGCGGCAGCUGCCGCCGCUGCCAGCUCUGCCACGGCGGACGGCCCUCCGGCCGCCAAGAAGCAACGCCGCUCGCCUGACUCUGCAGCACCCGCGGCUGUUGAUGGCGAUGGCGAUGCGCAGAUGGCGGACGCCAGCACGUCCGCAGUCAAGAAGAGCGAGGAGGAGGAGAAGGCGCCAGGUGCUGAAGAGGAGCUGGCGCCGCCAGAGUUCCUGCACCGCAUCCUCAGCCCGCACCUCGACGUCAUCAGCAUUCCGGAGUCCGCCGCCGAGAACGUCGACACGGACGACGAGCGCUCGUGGGCGCAGGAGAUGCGCGACGAGCGCACUGCAUUCCUCGUGCGCUUCCAGGCCGAGGAGGGCGCACGUCUGGCGGGCCUCGAUCCGUCGAAGGUUGACCUGGACGGGGCCAGUGUGCGCGGCACGCCCGACGUGGGCGGCGAAAGCAUUCCGGCGGGCUCUGCUGCUGCAGCAAUGGUCGCCGCCGCAGCAACUGCAGCAUCCAAGGGGAAGCAGAAGCCCGGCGGCAAGCGCACUGCGCUGCCCAUGGGCGGCGGCUCCUCGUACCCGCUGGCGAACAUCCUCGCCGCCGCCAAGGACGCCAAUGGCCUCACUACGGGCCCGGGCUCCGUCGCCGGCAGCGUGGGCGUCUUCGAUCCCGAGGCGGCACGUCUCGAGGCCGAAGAGGCCGCACGGCGCGAGCGCGCCGAGCGCGCGCCUCCGAACCUCUGGCAGCUCAACCUGCGCGUGCCGGCGGCGCCCAACGGCGCCGCCCGCAACCGCAACAUGUCCUCAGCGGCCCACUUUGCCGCGCAGGCGGCGUCGCUCUCGCUGCCGCGCAUCGCGUGGCGGCGCAUCUUGGAGCGUGCCCGCCGCGGUGUCGGCGAGGCGAGCUACGAGAGCGACGACGACGAGGUGGCCGAGGACGAGGCGCGCGACGGUGAGCCGCGCCAGCAGAUGCCUGCAUACGCCGCGUCCAGCUGACACACCCUCUCUCAGAGCGGCCGCGAGGCGAGCUGAGCCGCGUGCUGCGCUGCCUGCGCGAUGUGCGCACGAUGCGCGACGAGCUCGAGCGGCCGGCGUGGUCGGCGUUCGACGAGGACGCGGUGGCCGCCGCGCUGCAGGGCGACGACACGCUCGUCUAGAGCCCAGCCUCUCGAUGUCCCUCCUCCUACUGCGUCUCCUCCUUCAUGUCACUCCAGCACCUGUCACACACACAACACUGAGUCGAGAAAGUGGGGAUUGACGCAUGGACAAGAGAC